UCCAAGCAGAGCUCACUGUACCUUCAAUUCUCUAUCUCAUUUCCCUCCUCAACAGACCCGCCAUUAUUUCGCCCUCCCUCCACUUAUCCUCCUCCGUACACUGCCGUCGACGACCGCCGUCGACGACCAAGGUCAUCAACCUCAGUCGACUGUCGACUCAUCUCUCCCUCGGCAGCACUCUUCCUCCGACAGACACAAAAGAGACUACGGUCGACUCUUCGCCGUCUCCAAUCGUCCGGACCUUCCCCCACCGUACUGGUGCGUAUUCCUUGAUGUUCAAAUUGGACUGAGUUUCCGGGAAUAUGGCCUUGACAUUGUUCAAAGGUAUUCAGUCGCGCCCGUUUCUGCUUCGCCCAUCAGGGUUUUUAGCAAGAAACCAUAAUUAUGUCUUUUGCUCAAUGCGGAGUUCUGGAACCCAAACUGCUGCCCAAGAAGAGCAGCCUCAAUUCAAAAUCUCGACUAAUCAUUCGAAGAAGAUGAACAAGAUUUCUGAUGAUUACGAGUCAGUCAUUGGUAUUGAGACCCAUGUGCAGCUAUCCACCAUAACCAAGGCCUUCUGCUGCUGCCCCUACACUUACGGAGCUCAUCCAAACACCACAGUCUGCCCAGUUUGUAUGGGUCUGCCCGGGGCAUUACCUGUCCUAAACUCCAAAGUCAUUGAAUUUGCAGUGAAAUUAGGUCUUGCACUCAAUUGCAAAUUGUCUUUGAACUCCAAGUUCGAUAGGAAACAAUACUUCUAUCCUGACCUUCCAAAAGGGUAUCAAAUAUCUCAAUUUGACAUCCCAAUUGCGAGUAAAGGCUUCAUUGACGUCGAUCUUCCAGUUGAAUUCGGAGGUGGGCAUAGAAGGUUCGGCAUUACUAGGGUUCACAUGGAAGAAGAUGCUGGAAAAUUACUGCACUCUUCUGAUGGUAGUUAUUCAGAGGUUGAUCUGAAUAGAGCAGGGGUUCCUUUGCUUGAGGUUGUUUCUGAACCUGACAUGAGGACUGGUAUUGAAGCUGCGGAAUAUGCAGCGGAAAUGCAGAGGCUGGUUAGGUAUUUGGGAGUGAGCAAUGGCAAUAUGCAAGAAGGUUCCCUUCGAUGUGAUGUCAAUGUUUCUGUCCGCCCAAUUGGUCAAUUAGAGUUUGGUACAAAGGUUGAGAUAAAGAAUUUGAAUUCUUUCUCAUCCAUAAAUAGAGCCAUUGAUUUUGAGAUUUCAAGACAAGUUCUUCUGCACGAAGAAGGUCAAGCUGGAGAAAUUGUUCAAGAGACUCGUCUAUGGGACGAGGGAUCCCAGAAAACAGUGACAAUGAGGAAAAAGGAAGGUCUAGCUGAUUACCGGUAUUUUCCUGAGCCUGACCUUCCAGAAGUUAUUAUAAGCAAUGAAUACAUCAAUCAGAUGAGCGGCUCAUUACCCGAGCUUCCAGAAACAAAGCGCCGGAGAUAUGAGGAAAUGGGUUUAACAAUGCAGGAUGUUCUUUUCCUAGCGAAUGAUCUCAAUGUUGCAGAUUUUUUUGAUGCAACUAUCAAGAAUGGAGCUGAUGUAAAGCUUGCAACCAAUUGGAUAAUGGGUGAUAUAGCUGCUUAUAUGAAAAAUGAGAAGCUAUCGAUAAAUGAGGUUAAACUCUCCCCGAAAGAGCUAGCGGAGCUCAUUGCAUCAAUAAAAGAUGCAACCAUCAGUGGAAAGAUUGGUAAAGAGAUUCUGUUUGAGUUAAUGGCUAAAGGAGGAACAGUGAAGGGACUAAUAGAAGAAAAGGACUUGGUUCAGAUAGUCGACCCGGUUGAGAUUGAAAAAAUGGUGGACAAAGUAAUUGCGGAGAAUCCAAAGCAGCUUGAACAAUAUCGUGGCGGCAAGACAAAACUACAGGGCUUUUUUGCUGGCCAGAUAAUGAAACUAUCGAAAGGAAAGGCAAAUCCGGGGCUUCUGAACAAAGUCCUUUUGGAGAAACUGAAUGCAAAGAGCUGAAGAUAUAUUCUGUAUUUGUCAUUCUUUGUACCAUUUUAUUUUUGGUUUCUAGUUUGAACCUUGAUUCAUUUUGUAAAGCUAUUCCACAAUUUUGUUUUUGUUUUUGUUUUUGUUUGGUGGUUUAAAAUAAUAAUAAUAUUUAUUAUUAGAUUAACGAUAAUAAUAAUUUUUCAUUCUCA